UUGAUCGAUGCAAAUCGUUACCAGAAAACGAAUCAGCUUAUUAUCAAUUAACUCUCAGCCGAGUUUCGAAAUUUUCCGUGUCUGUUUGUCGAAUCUUUUCUUGAGAAAGUCGGCAUGGCUGUGCCGUCUCUGGUACCGCUGCUGUACUCUGACUGGUGGGAAUACCUGGAAUAUCCACACCGGGUUUUCGAUCAGAACUUCGGCCUCGGCGUUCAUCCGGACCAACUGACACAUCCCAACAUCGUCGAGCGCUUCGCGCUGCAACAACCUGCUCGACAUCAACGUCCGUUGCAUCUGAUGUCACACUAUAAUCGACCAUGGGGUGAAUUAUUACGCAGCAAAGAAGAUGGUGGCAUAUCGACCGUUAAGGCGGACAAGACCAAGUUCCAGGUGAUGUUGGACGUGCAACAGUUCAAACCGGAGGAGAUCAGUGUCAAGGUCGUGAACAAAUUCGUCGUAGUCGAGGCCAAACACGAGGAAAAACAGGACGAACACGGCUGGAUCUCACGUCAAUUUGUACGUAAAUACAUGAUACCUGAACAGUGCGAUAUCGAUCAGGUGUCGUCGAGCUUAUCGUCAGAUGGCAUGCUGAGCAUCACCGCACCGAGGAAGGAUAAGCCAAAGACGCAAAACGAGCGGCAGAUCAAGAUCCAGCAUACCGGCAAGCCGGCGAUCCAGGAGAAGGCACAGGAGAAGGCUCAGGAGAAGGCUCAGGAGAAAACUCUGGAGAAAACUCCGGAGAAAACUCAGGAGAAGAAGAAGUAAAAGUAGAACCAAAGAUAAAAAUUAAUCGUAUACAUAUAUAUGUACAUGUUAUAUGCGUUUCUGUGAAA